AUGCAGUUAAAAUCAUACGAAGAAUUCAAAUUGAAAAAUUAUGAAUUUUGGACAAACAUCGACGUACCCAUUCUUCGUCAACUCACUCUAACGGGUGCCAUUCAAGUAUUGCCCUAUAGAGAUCAAUACGAAAGAAGAAUUUUCUGGGCGAGAGCCGGAAUAUGGAAACCCAGCGAUUUUUCAAUCGAAUAUUUGCUACAGGCUGGUGGAAUAUGUGGGGAUGCAACAAUCGUCGAACCUAAAACUCAAAUAGCAGGUAUCGUCAUGAUAUUCGAUCUCAAAGAUGUCGGAAUGUCACAUGUGAAAACAGUAACGCCAGCAUUUGCUAAAAAAAUGAUACAUUUUUUAGCCGCUUGCCUUCCUGUAAGGGUCAACGCACUUCACGUGGUCAACGAACCAUCGAUAUUUUCCGUUGCAUUUUCUAUAUUUAAAGCAUUUUUAACGGAAAAAAUGAAAAAAAGAUUAUAUUUUCACGGAUCGAAUUUACAAUCGUUACACGAACACGUGACACCAAAUUGUUUACCACCAGAACUUGGUGGUAAAACAGGGCCAAUCGAUCCACAAGAAUGGUAUAAAGUUCUCAUGGGUGACUUGGUUCGAAAAGAAUUAAGUAAUUUGGGUUAUAAAUUCAUAAAUGAAGAUAAAUGA